GGUGUGGGGACGCGGGUUCAGGAAGACCCGCCGAGGAGUAAGGUUCUGUUCCCCGGCGCUGCACCGGGUUCCCUGCCAGACUCCUUUGGCCUCCCUGCUUCGGAGCGUGAGCUUGAAGGCAUCCUGACCGAGGGCUCUCCCCAGCCCCUAAGCGUCCCAUCCAGAGAUCUCUAAGUUCUGAUCUUCCCCAGGGAAGUUUGCUUCUAACCUCCCAGGAGGGCUAGAGAGGGACCACGGCUGCCGGAUCCCCGCCUGGUGUAGUGGCGGGGUGCCGCGGAUCGGGAAGCAUGACGACAGAGACCUUCGUGAAGGAUAUCAAGCCCGGGCUCAAGAAUCUGAACCUUAUCUUCAUUGUACUGGAGACAGGCCGAGUGACUAAGACAAAGGACGGACAUGAGGUUCGCACCUGCAAAGUCGCAGACAAAACGGGCAGCGUCAAUAUCUCAGUGUGGGACGACGUGGGCAACCUAAUCCAGCCUGGGGACAUUAUCCGACUCACCAAAGGGUAUGCUUCAGUGUUCAAAGGCUGUCUGACACUCUACACUGGCCGUGGGGGCGAUCUGCAGAAGAUCGGAGAAUUCUGCAUGGUUUAUUCUGAAGUUCCUAAUUUCAGCGAGCCCAAUCCAGAGUAUAACACUCAGCAGGCGCCCAACAAAUCGGUGCAGAAUGAGAGCAGCCCCACUGCCCCUCAAGCUACCACGGGACCCCCUGCUGCCUCUCCAGCCUCCGAAAGCCAGAACGGGAAUGGACUGAGCGCCCAACCGGGUCCUGGUGGCGGCCCCCAUCCCUCUCACACCCCCUCACAUCCUCCCAGCACCCGAAUCACUCGAAGCCAGCCCAACCACACACCUUCCGGCCCUCCUGGCCCCUCCAGCAACCCUGUCAGCAACGGCAAAGAAACCCGCAGGAGCAGCAAGAGAUAGCAAGAAAUGAGUCCUCUCCUUCCACUACAACCAUGACCCAGGUGUCUCUGCCAGAGAUCAAGACCGUCUUCUACUGGGCUGCUGGCUUUGAGAUUGGAGGAUGGAGUAGCUGUAUUUUAGCUAUUAAAUUUCCCUGGAGGGGUGAGCAGUGGCCUUAUCCACCCUAAGCUCAUGCCCCUUGUCCUGCUGAUGCUGCCUGUCCUCUGGGAUCCAGGGCCCUCUGCCUGCCCUCCUUCCUCUUGAAAAGACAGUCUGUUUGUGUGUGGGGGGGGGGGGAUUUGAGGGUCUAACUGAAACCCCUCCUUCCUAAUAAAUGUGCCCGCUAUG